AUGUGGGCACUCCAUUGUGAUGGUUCUCUAACACAUGAUAGGGCAAGUUAUGGUGGAAUUAUAAGGGACAGUAGUGGACAACUGAUUAUGGCUUUUGUAAGAAAGGGAGUAGUAAGGUCAGUUUUAUAUAUGGAGCUCAUGGCAAUGCUAAAGGGGGCUGAUUUAUGUAAGAAAUUGAAUCUUUUACACAUAUCAGUUAGAUCGGACUCAAAGGUAGCUGUGGUUAUCAUAAAUGGUCAAGUUGAAGGACCAUGGGAAAUCCAAACCCUUAAAAGCAAGAUUCUACAUUUGCUAAAGGAAUUUGGAAGGAAAGAGAUCAUACAUGUGUGGAGGGAGAGCAAUAGUCCAACUGACUUUAUGGCUUCAUAUGAUACAAGAGAUGGUGAAACUAAUAUUCGGCCUAAAGAUUUUCCUCAAGACUUGCAAAGUCUUGUGGACUUGGAUGCCAACCACACUGCUUAUUUUAGGAAGUAA